ACGUCGUUAAUGUAGCGACAAAUGUCGUUAUGGGUAUCGGUAGUUUAUCGAGCCCUACAAGACCCCUCGCUAAGAACGUAACGAGUAACGUCGAAGCGUUAACCACUGGGAAUCCAAGAAAACCUCUUCUCUCAUUGGUUCUAUCGUGACGUUUAAAAUAUAUACAGAGACUCCCAACCAACAAGCUUUAACUAAACGCAAUUUAUGAAUUUAACCAAACAGCAAAUUCAGUUUUCGUAAUUAUUUAUGUGGGUAUUAAUUUUGAGUAAGAUAAGAAAUAUAGAAGCAGUAAAUUCUAAGAUAUGUAUAACCUCUGUGUGCAUGCAAAUCUUUAAGAGUGAGGUUAUGUCUUCAAUAUAUCUUAACAUAGUUUAAGUAACAAAUAUGGUGUAUGUAUGCACUUUCAAUAAGUAUGCUAUUUUUCUAUUAUUUUAUAGAAAUAAUAGCGGAACAUUUUCUCGAGUGGGAACUUCUAGUAUUAGAAAAUCGAGUACGCCAAUUAGAAAGACGAAUAGAGAUGAGACGUCUAAGAGAUGCACAAAAUCCGUUAGACCUUGACCAAGAUUUCUUACGGCAAUGGAUUCGAUUUCCCAUGACACCAAAGCAAGCACUGACAGCAUUUACAAAUGCAGCCCAACCUUUCGAAUGAGCUAUUGGAGCAAUUGAUUGUACAUACAUUGAAAUUCUGGCGUCAAGUGAACAUGAGGAAGCGUAUGUGAAUCAUAGAAACCAUUCUUUAAACGUUCAAGUGGUAUGUAACUUUUUUACUAUAUAUUUGAUUUACAAACGAUUAGAUAAAUACUAUAAAUUUUAUUUGUUGAUUUACAGCUAGUUGACCCACGAUUAAAAAUUUUAAAUAUAAAUGCUCGGUAUCCAGGAGCUAGGAAUGAUGCCUAUAUUUGGUCAGCUUCUCCAAUUCGACGUGCAAUGGAAUUCCAUUACAAUCGUGGAGAAAGGCGAACAUGGCUUAUUGGUGACGCAGGAUAUCCGUUAGAACCUUGGCUUUUGACUCCAUUGCCACAUUAUCCACAAUGGAGUAGGCAAUUUCAGUAUAAUGAACAAUUAUGUAAAGCCAGAAGUAUAGUAGAGCGAUUUUUCGGCGUUUGGAAAGGAACAUGGAGAUGUCUAUCGUAUCAAAGAGUUUUAAUGUAUGAUUCUGGCAUGGCUGGUAAAAUAUGUAACGCAUGUGCUGUUCUCCAUAAUAUGCGAUUGCAUUAUCGUUUACCCAUAGAAGAAGAUUGGAACGAACCAGUAAGAGUACCUGCUAACGACUUAAUCAAUAUAAAUUUAGAUGGAUGUGUCAGAGGGCUACGCGCAAUUGCCGAUCGCAUUCAGAAACUGAUCUUUUAAAUUUUCUAUUUAGCAAUUUAUUGUGUCACCUGUUGUUUAAUUCCCUAUUUGCAAAUAUUAUUGUGUCGGCUGUUGUUUUACUUUUCCCUUUACAAUUAUUAUUGAGUCAGGUGAGUUGAUUUGUGUUCGGAUCAAAAUUUGUUACCACUCAGACGUAACAAAUACU